AUGUUUUCAUUCAUUAAAUCUAUCGCUGGUUUCGGCGCUCAGGGCCUCAAACCCAGUGAAGGCGAAGACCUCAUCAAAGAGCAGCUGAACGACCAUUUGGUGGACAAUGAGAGCGACGACGAGAGUGUGGGUCCUCUCGAUGACAACUCAUCCAUCAGUAGCUCUGACAUCGAUAUAUCGGAUGUGGAGGACGGCCACGAAGACCGCGGACCCACUGAUCCCGCGGAAGGCGAAGGCAACUUCAACGGCAAGAUCUUUAACCAGGAUCACGCCCGACAACUCGUCAAUUGGGCCAAACAGAAACAGAUCGGACACCUGUCCUUCUGGUCCAUCAACAGAGACAGAGGCUGUGCGGGUAAACCCGUGGGCCCCACCUGUUCCAGCAUUUCUGAACAAGAUCACGAGUUCACUAAAAUAUUUGUUGAGCCAAAGUUUGCGCCAUAUAUUGAUGUGACGGCAGAGAAAGACUUCAAAUUAGUUGAUCUCAAGAAUAAAUAUGGAGUGAAAGCGGUGUCGUUGGCAUUUGCUUUGGGGGGAAACCAGGGGUGUGUGCCGAUGUGGGGCGGGCAGACCCCCAUCACUGAACCCAAUAUCAUCAAUGAGAUCACGGCGUUUAGGGCGGCCGGCGGUGAUGUGAUUGUGUCGACCGGAGGCGCUUUGAAUCCAUACCUGGAAACGAGCUGCGGUUCAUCCGGAGCUCUGGCGGAGGCUUAUAAGAAAAUCUUAUCAGUGACCGGAUCUACUCAUCUGGACAUUGAUAUCGAGGCCACUGUUCCCACAGAUCUUAUGAAUCAAGCGUUGGCUGCCGUUCAGAAAGCGAACUCCGCGGUGACCGUCAGCUAUACCCUUAUGGUUCAGGGGGACGACUACGGAGUGACGGAUGAAUUGGGAUUCAAAGUACUGCAGAGCGCGGCUAAAAACGGAGUAAACGUCGAUAUCGUGAACCCAAUGACAAUGGAGUUCGGGACACGACUGGCCUCGUGGGGCGACGCCGUCAUUGCGGCCGCGGAGGCCACACAUAAACAGAUGAAACAGGUUUGGCCUCAAAAGAGCGAUCAGGAGUUGUACUCCAUGUUAGGUGUGACCCCAAUGUUGGGCCACAAUUACAACGGCAAGAUCUUUGAGCCAGCUCAUGCCAAACAACUGGUCGCGUGGGCUAAACAGAAACAAAUCGGACAUUUGGCCUUUUGGUCGCUCAACAGAGACAGGGGUUGUCCGGGCGGAGGUGUCAGCCCCUCGUGCUCUGGAAUAGCACAGGAAGACCACGAGUUCACUAAGAUUUUCGUUACAUUUGAUGACGGGUCACAUCCCGACCCAACCGAUGAUCCGCAGCCGUCAACAACACAACAACCAGUGACGGGUCCCACCGAACCCACAACACAGCCAACGCAUCCGACUACCGGUCCAAUCGACUGCAGUAUCCCUGAUAAGAAAUACCCGCACCCGACGGACUGCAACAAAUACAUCUGGUGUUUCGAUGGACUGCCUCACGAGGAGUCAUGUGGGGCGGGAACCGUAUGGGAUAUCAUUCAUCAGGACUGCAAUUACCCGAAGGACGCCGGCAGACCUGAGUGCAUGUGAUGUCAAAUGCUUUUUAGAUAAAUAUAUUAAAAUUAUUGUAAUAUUAGUAUUAAUAAAUGAAUUAAACAAUUCAUACUUUGGCUCAAA